UUUUGCCUUCAAGCAAGCUCCUCCACUUGCGCCUUUCAUUUCUUGAAUUGAAUCCCACAAUUUCGCUGCCCUUCACCGUCAGCCCCAGACUUCUCCAGCUCGACGGUCCGGCGAACUACGGCGACCAAGUUCUCCACGCCCUACGCUUUGCCUCGUGGCAAGCCACCCGGAGACUAUUUUUGUGGUUUGCGGAACGCUAUUCCGUAACACAAAAUGCUCUUUUGGCCCUUGGACCGGUUUGCUUUCAAGAUUUGCUUCUCCUUAUUUCAUCAUGACUGAGCCUGUUCCGGGCAAGACUCUCCUAGCACAUGGAAGCUUAGUCUGUCAAAUCCACAGGAGAUUCAAGCCGGAUAGAGCAAAGUCAGCUCCACGUCCCAAUACAUUACGUGACCAAUUUCAGCCGGGCUGCCGAUAUUUGCUAAUUAUUACCUACAAACUCCAUCGACAACUUCCCCAAAGUUGGCAUUCGUGUUUUCCCCAGGGGGAAGAUUGGCAUGGAAUUAACACAUGCGCCAUGACUAGCACCAUGGGGAGCAAAUCAAUGGGAAGAGGGGGGGCGUGGUUCCAAUCCGGCCUUGUGUUGCCCGUUUGGACCGAGGCGCGAACAGCUCUCCAGACCUCUCUCUCUCUAGCCUUGUGUCUUUCGGCCUCCUCCGUUCCGGCCUCCUCCACCCCCGCAGGCAUCGCCAGGCCCAUCGGCGGCUCCCGAUGUCACGGCUGUCUCUCUUCCCCCAGACCAUUCAAACCAUUGUGUCGGAUCUUCGAGUACGGGGAACUUGGGGAACUGGGGAAACAUGGGGCACCAGCAUUUUGGAUGGGAUCGUUUUUUCACUAGCUGCAUCAUGUAAGAGACCCCCCUCCCUCCCUUAUCAUCACCACUAUCAAACAUCUCAUCACCAUCACUAUCACCAUCAUGCAUGCGGGCAGACACAAACAUGCGCUUCAGGCGCUUGGCGACCAGCAAUCGCAGAUUUCAAUGCCGCGUCCCA